AGCCGCGUGUUGUUGUAGUAGACUUCACAGCCGCUUUCCACUUUUAUCCCCGUUAAACUAAUCCGCGAGAGAUUUUAUUGAACAGCAAGGGCAGUUGGGAGGGAAGGAACUGCCUUUCAACGGCAACCCAACUACGAUUGUAGGUAAAAAUCUUUAGAACCGUCGCGAAUGCACUGUAAACGGUCCAAAGACGUGGUGAAUUACUGUAUGGGAACAAAUAAAAAAGCACGGAGCGCAGAUUUUCCAGCAGAGAUCAACGGCGCUGGAAUAUAAACAUGGAUGACGGGCAGCAGCGAUGGCUUUGAAGAAUUAAAGCCGAAUUGCUUCUCAUUUGUUUUCCUUUGUGCACGACGAAUGGUUUUAAAUCUGCGUUUAUGUUAUUGCUUUUGAGACGUGACGUGCCAUUGUCCGAUCAUUUUGGGGAGGAAGUUGUCGGGAUGGCUCCUGGUUCACUAGCCACAAUGGCUCCUACUGGAUCCAACAUCUCCUGGUUACCAGAAGCUCCUCUGCUCACUCCAGAGCAGCCCAUUUUCCUCAUGACAACCACAGCCCAGGCAGUGUCAGGCUUCUUUGUGUGGACAGCACUUCUACUCACCUGCCACCAGAUCUACAUGCAUUUGCGUUACUACAGCUCUCCCAAGGAGCAGAGGCACAUAGUGCGCAUCCUUUUCAUCGUACCCAUCUACGCCUUUGACUCCUGGCUCAGCCUUCUCUUCUUUACCAACGACCAGUACUAUGUGUACUUCGACACAGUCAGGGAUUGCUAUGAGGCAUUUGUGAUUUAUAACUUCUUGAGCUUGUGCUAUGAAUAUCUUGGAGGUGAGAGCGCUAUCAUGGCUGAGAUCCGAGGAAAACCCAUUGAGUCCAGCUGUAUAUAUGGAACAUGUUGUCUUUGGGGCAAGACCUACUCCAUUGGCUUCCUUCGAUUUUGCAAACAGGCCACUUUACAGUUCUGUGUGGUAAAACCCCUGAUGGCCAUGAUUACAGUCAUCCUGCAGGCCUUUGGGAAAUACCGUGAUGGGGACUUCAAUGUCGCUAGUGGUUACCUGUAUGUGACCAUCAUCUACAAUAUCUCCGUCAGCCUGUCUCUCUAUGCCCUUUUCUUGUUCUACUUCGCCACCCGAGACCUCCUCAGCCCCUACAGGCCCAUGCUCAAGUUCUUCAUGGUCAAAUCAGUCAUCUUCCUCUCCUUCUGGCAAGGCAUGCUGCUGGCCAUCUUGGAGAAAUGUGGUGCGAUUCCUCAGAUCAGCUCUCCUGAGGUUUCUGUUGGCGAGGGAACCGUUGCAGCUGGAUACCAGAACUUCAUCAUUUGCAUCGAGAUGUUCUUUGCCGCCUUGGCCCUGCGACAUGCGUUUACCUACAAGGUCUACAUGGACAAAAGACUGGAUUCCCUUGGCCCCGUUCCUACAUAUGGACAGUACGGUCACUGUGCCCCCAUGAAGAGCAUCUCUAGCAGCUUAAAGGAGACCAUGAACCCUGGAGACAUGGUUCAGGAUGCCAUCCACAAUUUCUCCCCAGCCUACCAACAGUACACCCAGCAGUCCACCCUGGAGCAGGGGGUCACCGCACCGCCCAUAUCCCGCAAUCACAGCUGCGUGAGCGCCCGGGACAAUGAGAAAACCCUGCUGCUUAGCUCCGAUGAUGAGUUUUAACUCGCUCACCUGUAGUCCUGAGCAAAGGUACUCCGUAAGGGACCGUUUACUGCUGCGGUAGUGUAAUGAUGAGGUUAACAUAGGAACAGGUUAUUAAAGGACCAUCUUAAGCAAGUAGUUACGUUCUAGUGCAGUAGAAUCUAAACUUAAGCUGCUUAUACUUGCUUAGUUGUCUUUAAAAGAAAUCUUGAUGCGCUUUUGUCUGAUGUUGAUGUUUAUACAGAGAACUAAAUAAUACAUUCAUUUAUACUUUUAGCCAAAUUUUGAAAACCCACAUGGUCUGACACUUCAGCGUUUGGAUUGAUGUAUUUUUUUAUGCUUGUAGUUUCACAUAGGGGGUGUUUGGACAUCCCAGCAUAUUUCUAAAGAGCAGUGUAUUGGAAGGCCCCCGUUCGGUGGGAAUGUUCUAUUUUUGAUUUACAAGUUCAAGUGCACCUUUGCUUCUGUUUCAACAGUGUUUAUAGUUUCCCCAGUGAUUUAAAGGGCGGGUACGGCUGUGAACGAGAGAGCGCAAUGACGGUAGAGAGAGUACCAGCUGUUAUUGUUUUGACGGAUGAAUCAAGGGACGGGGAGAGGUUGAUGGUCCACGAUUAGAUUACAGAUUAAGGUGGUCUGGAUUAUAUAGGUUACGCUUCUUAGUGUAUGCUAUACUUUCACUGAGAAAGAACGGUCAAGUACCAUCAGUUUAUCCGUAUUCUGUUGUCUGAAGGAAAUGCGAAAUUUAUAUCAUUUGAAAAGGGACAGUUCACCCAAAAAUGACAAUUCUGUCAUCAUUUAUUCACCUUCACGUCAUUCUAAAACUUUUGUUUCUUCUGCUAAACACAGACACUCAAAUGAAAUUAACAUCAACAUUGAACUUUUCAUAUUAUGGACAAAAAGAAACACAAAGGCAUACUUCAGAAUACCUUCUUUAGUUUUCUACUGAAAGUAAAUCAUACAGGUUUGAACAAACAUGAGGGUGAGUAAAUGACACAAUUUUCAGUUUUGGUGAGCUAUCCUUUUACUGGGUACUGUAUUGGUUCUAGAUAUCCCACUAGAGGGAGGCAUAUCUCAGUUCGCACCCUUUAUCUUUAUGGGACACGCCUGUUAUCACCGAUCCCUUGAGAGCCACACCAAAGUCUCUCCCAUUCUUCAGAAGCAUCUGCCAUUUGCGCUUUACCUCUUUAGAUAGCACUAGGCCCUUGAUGACCAAGCUUGAAGCUUGCGGUUGGUUAGAUAGCAUCUUUGGAGUUACUUAUUAACUGUCCUAUGCUUUUAUUGGUACAAUAGAGGCCAGUAUAAACACAAAGCAGCUGGAACCAAGUACGAGUAUAUAUGGUACCUGCUUAUAGUUGUUAUGUUAGUGUUUUUGCAGUGUAUUCUUUAUAAGGGGAGGAUUUCUUUUAAUAAUAUAGACGUUGUUGUAACUUGCACUAAGCAGUUUUGUAUAUAUAGGAUAACUCCGAAUAUUCUAGAACAUUUUGGCAAGCUAUUUCUGUCCGUUGUUAUUCAGAGAGUGGUUUAAAGUAACAUAGGAAGUGCUGUUACGUUUAAAAUAUAUAUAUAUAUAUAUAUUUUGUGGAAACAUUUUGAAGUUACACUAAGACGUUCUUUGUACUGUCAUGUUAUUUUGAACCGAGCAUUAUGUAUUACUAUGUCAAAGAUUUAGCUUCUAUUUUUUCCCUUGAUGCUCUGGCCUAGAAAACAAUAAAUAAUUGUGUCUGUA